CAGGUGAAACUCUUUAACAAGUGCAAAGAUUUAGCUUGGAAUAAACACCUUGUGCAUUGCUUGGAGCAUCAGAAGACUCUAAAAAGAGCAACAUCAUGGCUUCACUGUCUCUCCACCUAAUGUGUCCAGUGUGUAUGAGUGACUUCAGUGAUCCAGUAAGUUUGCCAUGUGAACAUACUUUCUGCAGACAGUGUAUUAAAAGCUAUUUGGAAUCAAGUGCAGGUGCUAACAAAUGCCCGGAAUGUAGACAAGACUUUACCAAAGAGGACGCUAAAGGCAACAGAGCACUGAAAAAUCUUGUGGCAGCUGUACAGCAACAGCAACAGCAUCAGACAAAAGACGUUAUGAGAGAUCAACGAAAGACUGCCAGCAAUGCACUUGAAAUGCUCUGCUCUGAACAUGAAGAGCAACUCAAACUUUUCUGUGUGGAUGAUCAGAAAUUGGUUUGCCUUAUCUGCAAAGAUGGAGAGAAACAUCGCGGACACUGUUUCAAGCCUGUAAAGGAGGCAAUGAAGACCUGUGAGAAUGUGGUGGAAGGAGCAAUGACCUUUAUUUCAGAUGAAAUUAAACAAAUGGGUGACAUACUCUUGAGUCAGAUGCUUGAAAUCACAAAAUCAGAGGAAAGAGCCAAGUGUCUUGAGGAAAAGAUGCAUGCUCAAUUUAAGAAAAUGCAUGACUUCUUGAAAGAAAAGGAGGAUAUAUUGAUGAGAGAGCUCCAGAGCGCAGCAAGCAGUGCUGAAAAACAAAUGCAGCAAAAUGUGUCAUCGUUGACAGAGUUGCAAAAAAGGGGGAACAACCAGGUAUCCAUUUUGGAGACAAGACUAAAGAUAUGCCAGCCUGAGACAUUUUUAAAGUGGUGGAGUGAAGAAGGUUUGCCUCUGAUUGACGAAAUGGUACUCAAAGACAGUGAGAAUGACUCUGCCUUACAAACUAAAUUUAGGUCAAGACUUAACCGUGUUCAAGUGAUUUCUGACCACUUCACCCUUGGCCCUUAUGAAACUGAUCUGCCACUACUUGUUUGGAGAGACAUGCUAGGCCACAUUAAAUGUGAUUUAGAGGGUACAUAUACAAUAGGAAAAGACAUGAAACUGGCUAUCACAAAAGAGAACAAUAUGCAGUCUGGAUGUGAAAAGUACUUUGCCAAAUUCCAGAAGUUUCAGAAUGGUUAUAAGGACAAUUACGUGGAGGACAUACAUACUGGUCAGGUGUUCUGGGAAGUUGAUAUAGGAGUUGAACCAGGGUGGGAACAUGGACUUACAGUUCAAUGUUAUCCAAAGGAGAAAAAUGUUUCUCGUUGGCAGAGACUUUUUUCAAAAGGCUUUGAAAAAAUAUCUCUUUUAGUUAAAGAUAACAGACUGUAUGCUGUAAGGGGCAGUCAAAAAAACAUACUUGUCAACCAGGUUAUACCCAGCAGAGUUGGAGUUUAUGUAGACUGUGAGAGAUGCCUGGUUGUAUUUUGCAAUGCAGACAAUAUGUCUCUUAUUCACACAGUGUGGUGUGGAGAUAAACAGGUUUAUCUUUAAAUGAGAUUAGUUUAAUUAUUUCGUAUAGAAAUCAGUAUAAUGUUUGGAAUUAUACGUUGAAUUUAUUUAUGUAAAUAUCUGUUGAUAAAGUUUAUAGUAUAUAAAGUAUGCAAGACAUAUAUAAUGUUUGAUUAUCAUUGCGUAUUUAAGCAUUGUGAAUCUGAGAUUUGUCCUUCAUUACUGUUCUACUAAAUAUUAUAAAUAUAUUAAGUCAUUAUGUUUUUCUUAUUUUUAAAUUAUUUUUUUAUUAUUAUUAAAAAAUGUAAUUGAAAAAAAAUAUAUAUGUUGUAUAUAUAUAUUUGUUUUCGUGAUCUCAACAUAACAAAAAGUUGUUUUCAAUAAGGCUAUUAGGAGGCAACAGCUAAACGCACUGUUGCAUAAUGGAUGACUGAAUACGUCAUAACUUUGAUCAAGGACUCACUCAAGCUGAAAUAACUGUAUGUCUCUCAAUCAUUGACAACUUCCAGAUUAGUGUCAGACACCUUAGAAGAAGACUAUUAAGUGUUUGUGACGUGCUGGUGUUAAUUAAUAUGUUUGAUUGAGCCUAUGUGAAAGGUGAAAGGUGAGACAUAUUGCAUACAAUAAAUGUUACUUUUCUA